AUGAACAGUGACCGCAUCGAAAGUGAACCCCAACCCGGACCAUCCAACGCGAACGCGUCACCACAACCGGUAGGGACAUCGCAACCACGGGCGACAGCCAAUCCAUGGAAUUUCCUCAUGCUCAACGCCAUCCGUACGUACGCGACAGCGAACGGGAUCCCGAAUGCUAACGAAGGGCCACGCGAUGAACUAAUCAGCGCACUCCAAGCAAGAGGCGCCACGCCACUCAACAUCAUUCUCGGAUCACCGCCGGACUAUCAAACGGGACCCGGUUCGACAGAACUACUCGCCCGAUCAUUGCUGCGCAGACGCGUAGACUACCCGCAUCAGUCCCCUAACGAAAGCAUCGAAAUGUACCUGCGACGCCUCGACACCGCCUUUAAACACGACGGAACGCCGAACUUCACGCGAGUCAACUGCCUAAUCGGGCACUCUCAGCCAAAAGUAGCGGAAGCAGCACAACUCCUAUAUGAUCAAGGAUUCGAGGACUACAACAUCAUCGCGGAGAAGCUCAAGGCCAGGUUUGGUUUAUCCCCAUUCGAACACUUUACCAGGUUUCAGCAGUUCCGACCGGCGUCCGACGAGCUAUUCUCACAGUUCGGUCCACGCCUACGCGACGAAUACCUCAGAUAUCUCGCCCUACCACCCAAUGAGGUCGGGCUACAUGAGACCGCCAUCACGCGGGCCCUCAUUGGACAACUCUUGUCCAUCACCACCGGCGGACUUCACGCGCAACUUCACGCGCGGGCGACAGCCGAUCGCUCCCUCACAUGGGACGAAUGCCUGACGAUCGCCGACGAAUAUAGACGGACGCACCCGGCGCCACCAAAACUGGCCGCAUCACCGGCACCACAAUCUCCCGCCAACCGCCCACCCAAGACGACGGCAUCUGGAGUCACGAAAUAUUACUGCGACAAUCACCAGCGGACAUACCGCAGCAAUGUGUCCGGGAAACGGGAAGAUCGGGCAGUGACGGCUGUCCUCUGCUCGAUCCCCACGCCCACAGACGACAGCCUGACCAUCAUCAUCACCAUCAAAAACAAACGGGUGACCGCCCUGAUCGACACCGGAGCGACAAAAUCAUUCAUGGCGACGGACGUCGCCGAGGAAGUCGGCCUGUCUCCGCAUCCGACCCAAGCGAGGAUAUCCGCAGCGGUUCUUCACGUAUCGACGACCGUCAGUCACGCAGUGAGUACCGUUUUUACUCUUGGAUCGGCCGCGUACGAAGCCACCUUCUUACUACUCUCCAACGCGCACUACCCUGUUAUACUCGGGCUCGACACGUUGAAGAAUCUCCCUUUCUGCGUCACCCUCGACGGCCAGCGAGUUUUUUCCGGAUUCCAACAGAUUAAACCCAUCAACGAAGCCCCGACAGCGCCGAUAGGCGAGGGCAUUACUUUUGUUGAAGUUCGCCAUGAGCAAACCGCCCAGAACCGCCGAGGUCAAUACAUCAAGCAAGCAAACAAACGAAAAUUGCCGCCGUUCCACGCGGGGCAAAUGGUAACGCUGCGUCCGCGGCUCAAAACCACCGAACGUCACGCGGCGCAUCGCCGUUUUCUGCCCAAACGCUACGGGCCCUUCAAAGUCCUCCGCUAUCAAGGCAAAGGGACGUACGUCAUCGCGACCAAAAACGGGCCACAACUCGCGAACGCCUGGGAGCUCCAAAAAUACUCGUUUCCGACUGCCCCCCCCGAGACAUGCCCUGAAAAAAUACGACCGGCACCUAACACAAGCUUCUCUCCUCCACAGAACGAAGAAGAUCGCCCUCGCUUUCGCCUAGGGUACGAGACCGACGACAACUCAGAUCACCAGCACGACCCGCACGGGCCAGCCGAACCAGACGAACACCAGAGCGACGCCGAGAGCGCGACCCACCAGAGCGACAGCCACGUCGCCCACGGCGCACAAGCUCCCCAAGGGAACUAUUCAUCACCCGGACAUGGGACCAACCACGCCGUCCGCAAUCGGACAGACCAACGUCUACCAAGUCCCAACCAGAUGCGGCCGUCACCCGUGUCCAGCGAAGAACUUCUCCUACCCGAGAGCGUCGUCGAACCCCCGUCGCCACAACCGCAACCGGACAUAACAGCGGCAAGAAGCGCCGCUGGUUCCAGCUCUCCCCAUCGCCAACCACUGUAUUGCAUUUCUAUGAUUGUUCUUUUUAUCAUAGCCGUUAAACGCCUCAUGAAAGAAGCCCAAGAACUCCGUGAACCAACGGAGGAUUAUUACACACAACCCAUGGAAGACAACCUUUUCGAAUGGCACUUCACAGUCCGAGGUCCACGUGAUACUGAAUUCGAUGUCGGUUUGUACCAUGGAAGAAUUCUUCUACCGCCUGAGUAUCCAAUGAAACCUCCUUCAAUCAUCCUCCUCACGCCGAAUGGCAGAUUUGAACUGCACAAGAAAGUCUGUCUGAGUAUAUCAGGCCAUCAUCCUGAAAGCUGGCAGCCGUCGUGGUCCAUCCGAACGGCUUUGCUUGCCAUAAUAGGCUUCAUGCCCACGGCUGGCGAAGGAGCUAUCGGAUCGCUCGAUUAUUCUCCUGAAGAGCGGAAGAAACUGGCAAAAAAGUCUUUGGAAUGGUCAUGUCCGACCUGCGGAGGAAUAAAAGAUGCCCUUCUGCCUCGUUUGCCACAUUCUAAAACAGAUCCGUCUCCCACCGGUGCAAGAUCCAAGCAUUCCCGCGUCGCGUGUCCCACUGAAACUGAACGCGAAAUUUCCGAAAUCGUGUCUAGAAUGACAUUGAAAGCAGAACCCGAGGCCCCAACGGAACCCGCUAUCGUUUCCGGAGACGCAGAAGACGACGAAGAAGUAACCCCGGAACCCAUUUCAACACAUGAACCUCAAGCCCCCGAAGAAACUGCUCUUCGGGAAAGACGAUCACCCAUGGGGGAAGAACCAGUUCAGGUUGAUCAACAACCCCGUCAACAGAAUCGUCACCAUCAUCUUCAACCCGCGGUGAUUUUAUCGGGAACCAGUUUGAGGUGCUUUCGGAAAAUGGUGUACUAUGCGAGUGUGACGUUGCUUUCACUGGCAAUUGCGCUUCUGCUACUUUUCAGGGUAGCCAGGUACUUAGUCUUGGCGCAGUGAAGAUCGGAUUAAAAAAAAAAAGGACAGGAAGAACACACCUUUUGUUUGUGUUUGGUUUCUCCGUGCAGUGGCGUUACCAGUGUUUUGAAAAACUCUUGACUUUAUGGCCUGUGAUCGUGUUUCCGAACCUCGGGCUGUCUCAAGUUUCUGUUCAUGGGCCUGGUCUAGUUAUUCGUCUACCAAAAAAAGAAAAAGGAAAAAUCGUAUGCUUUCAUUUUAAAUCAUUUAUCUUGCGGAAGUCUCGAGUCCCUGUUAUCGCAUUUUUGAGGAAACGUAUUUAUUUCAAGAGUAACAGAAUUGUUCCAUUUUUUCAGGUAAUCUGUUUUUUCUUGCCGUUUAAAAUGCUCAAUUUCCGUACAUCAUGAGGAAAGUUGAUCCCUUUUUGUACAUUCAAUGUUCCUGUGAUGUGUUUGAGGAUGGAAGAGAGGAGGGACUUUGCUGAUGUGAAGUUUUUUGCGGUUUUCAUGGUAGAUUGCAUGCUUGACCAGCACCCAGUUUAUUCCGACGUGAAUCAUCUUCAGUCCAGUAAAAGUCUUUGGUUAAAUGUGUCUGAAAGGGAAGUUUUUUUCUUUCGGAUUACAAGUGAUGCGAAAUUGUUUGGUUUUGUUUUUCUCGUGGGGAAAAGGGAUAGUGCACAGGGUUUUGUGUGUGAAGUGUUUAAUCCACGGUUUAAAAAAAGAAAGGAAAUCGUUUUUUAUGAGGAUA